UGGAGUAUUGCGCGCUCACCGUGAAGGUGCACAAGUAGAUUGAAGUGUUUCUAAACUUGUGUCUGAAAUUUACUAUUCGCGAUUGAUCUUGAAUGAAGUCAUCCAACCACUACAGAGAGAGCAGACAGGCAUCCGUAGUUGUUCUCCUGCAGUUGUUUUGAGGGCUUCGCUCUUUGAGUGCGCUAUGGACGGAACUGUGGACAGAGUUGUGGAGGAGGGAUCCACGCGUGGGUGCUCUCGGACAGACGCUUCCCUCAGCGGAGAGGAUGAGCGCCGUGACUCCGACCACAGCCAGAGAACUCACGAAACACAUCCUGACGACGAGCGCUCCUUGCAUCUUAGGGAAUUUUAUCCCUAUAUUCGCUGUGCCCUCUGCAAUGGAUUUUUCAUUGAUGCCACCACCAUCACAGAGUGUCUUCACACUUUUUGUAAGAGCUGCAUUGUCAAGCACUUUUUCUACAGCAACAGGUGUCCUAACUGCUCCAUUGUUGUGCACCAGACACAGCCACUGUACAGUAUCAGAUCUGACAGGCAAUUACAAGACAUUGUUUUCAAGAUGGUUCCAUAUUUGGAAGAAGAUGAAAAGUCGCGAAUAUAUGCAUUUUAUAAACGGAGAGGGCUUGACGUUCCUAAGCCAGUGGCAUCUCCAGCUACAUACCCAUGGAAGCUACCUCAGAGACAGAAGAAAGACAUGCUGCCUCAGUCUGUUUUUACUAUUCCCUCAGAGCUAGAUGUGUCUCUGAUGUUGGAGUUUGUGGGAGCUGAAAAGGGUAUUGAGAACUAUAAGCCCCUUGAGAGGAAGUAUGUGCGUGUGUCAGGGGAAGCCACUGUCCGUCAUGUGGAGCUUUUUAUCAGGAGGAAGAUGGAACUGAGUCAAAACUGCAAGACGCAUAAAUCCUGCCUCAGACGGUCAGCAGUGUCAGAGGUCUGAAAGAUAUGUGGGGUGAGCACCCCCCAGCUGUGUCAGUCGCUCAAUAAUUCAUACUGACAGGAAUCGGACACCACCCUUCACACAGAGCAAAGAUAUGCUGAGUCAUUUGAUGCAAAAUUGUUUUUUUUUUUCUCUCCUUAGUGGACUAAAUUCAGCAAAAUCACUCCUUGUCUUUAGGGUUUCCACAAUGAGGUUAUCAUGUAAAAGUGUGAUUAAAGAAAUGAUGUUAUUUGGAUGUUCCCUUUCCCUCUGAACACUUCAGUGACUCUGUCACACUUCACAGUCCUGCCACGUUGCUGUUUAAUUAUUUUCCCCCUAAUC